AUGUUCGACCUCGUGACGCAGGCGCUUGCUGCCGUCUGGGGCGUCUGGACCGCCGUCGUCUUUGUCCUUCCGCCACUACUCGGCCCCCCCCGCCGGGCCGCCGUCGAGGCCUUGGCCGACCAUGCCGCCGUCCCCCACGUCACCGUGAUCCGCCCCACCAAGGGCCUGGAGCCCGGCCUCUACGAAUGCCUCGCCUCGACCUGCCGCCAGACGUACCCGCGCGACCGUCUGUCCGUGCACCUGUGCGUCGAGUCGCGGACGGACCCGGCGUUUUCCGUGUUUGAGCACGUCGUCCGCGACUUUCCCGGCGCGGACGUGCGCGUCUUUGUCGAGGAAGAGGAUCCCCUGCUGCACGGCGCCGCGGGGCACGUGCGCAACCUGGGCCCGAACCCCAAGAUCCGCAACAUCAGCCGGGCCUACCGGGAGGCGCCGGCCGACGGCGUCGUGUGGAUCGUCGACUGCAACGUGUGGGUGGCGCCGGGCGUGGCCGGCCGCAUGGUGGACCGGCUGCUGGGGCUCGGUCCGGACGGCACGCCGCAGCAGACGCCCUACAAGUUUGUGCACCAGCUGCCGCUGGUCGUCGACAUUGGUACAAGCGGGCGGCCAGGUGCCGGGAAGGAAAUCGGGGCGGCGCUCGACGAAAUGUUCAUGGCCACGUCGCACGCCAAGUUCUACUCGGCCAUCAACACCGUCGGCAUCGCCCCCUGCAUCGUCGGCAAGAGCAACAUGUUCCGCAAGGCCCACCUCGACGCCCUGACCGACCCGGCCCAGAACCCGGCCGUCCUGCGCGCCGCCGACGGCCGCCGCGGCCGCGGCGUCGACUUUUUCUCGUCCUACAUCUGCGAGGACCACCUCAUCGGCGACCUCCUGUGGCGCUCGCCCCUCGCCACCCCGGCCGGCGUGCCCUUUCGGAACCACGGCCUCGCCACCGGCGACCUCGCCAUCCAGCCCAUGGCCGACGUCCCCGUCCGCGCCUACGCCGCCCGCCGCGUCCGCUGGCUGCGCGUCCGCAAGUGGACCGUCCUGCUCGCCACCCUCGUCGAGCCCGGCGUCGAGUCCCUGCUGUGCGCGUGCUAUGGGUCGUUUGCCCUCACCACCUGGGGCCAGCGCCUGCUGGGGCCCGUCGCCCCCGCCGCCCUCGCCGCCUGGCUGCCGCCGCCCACGUGGGCCGCCAUGGCCCGCUGCUGGUGCGUCCUCGUCGCCCUCUGGAUGGCCGCCGACUGGUGCACCUACCGCCGCCUGCAGGCGUGCUGGUGCGUCGCGUGGGACGCCGACACGCCCGCGUUUGCCAAGGGCCGCCGUCACUCUGGCUCGGGUACUGGCUCGGGCACUGACUCUGGCUCCGCCGGCCUGCCCCGCCGGCCCUUUUUCGCGUGGGCCCGCGCCUGGCUCGGCCGCGAGCUGCUGGCCCUGCCCAUCUGGACCUAUGCCGUCCUGCUGGGCGCCACCGUGGCCUGGCGCGGCAAGCAGUUCCACGUGCGCAUGGACAUGAGCGUGGACGAGCUGGACGACCAGGGCUGCCGGGUCGUGCGGGAGCCGCGGACACAGGGCGUGGCGGCGCUCCAGGCCAGCAAGACCAAGGCGGCGGCGCCGGCGGACGUGGCGUCCACCAACGGCAAAGCCAGUGCAAAGGCGAGAGUGGACUAG